UUGCCAAAAACCGCACGUCGUGCAAAACAAAAUCGAUUUUUGAUACCGCAAGUGCGGUAUCCGCCAUUCCACGGACGGUCGUUCUUCCAAAAGCAAUGGGUCGCUCAAGAUCCCGCAGUCGUUCGCCCAAAAAGCACAAAAGCAAGCAUCGCAAGCGGAGCAAGUCUCGGUCAUCCUCCCACAGCAAGCACGAUCACCAUCACCGCAGCAGUUACGAUAAAUACAGAGACCGCAGCUCGAAGUCCAGAAAACGAUCGCCUUCCGCGUCGUCCGAUAGUAGCAGCGAUGGCUCGAACAGUGGUUCCCGGCACCAUCGUCAUCACCACAAGAAGAGCUCCCGCAGCCGGAAGCUGACCGAGGUAGAGCGUUUGGCCGAGAUGGAACGCCAACGGAGACAGAAGGAAGCGGAGCAGAAAAUGAUAGAGGAAGAGGCAGCCAAAAGGAUUGAGCUGCUGGUAAAGAAGCGAGUCGAAGAGGAGCUGGAGAAGCGUAAAGACGAAAUCGAAAUGGAAGUGCAGCGGCGUGUCGAGGCAGCCAAAAAGCAGAUGGAGCAGGAGAUGAUGCUCGAGCUCGAAAAGCGAAGGGAGCAGGCACGAGAAGAGGAACGGCGACGCGAGGAGGAAGAGCUUAAAAAGCGUCAGGAACUAGAGAAUAUUCUCGCUGAAAAUAAUCGCAAAAUCGAGGAGGCGCAGCGAAAGUUGGCCGAAGAUCGUUUGGCGAUUAUCGAAGAGCAAAGAAAAAUGGACGAAGAGCGCCAGAAGAUGCGCAAAGAGCAAGAGAAGCGCGUCAAAGAAGAGCAAAAGAUGAUCCUGGGCAAGAACAACUCGCGACCGAAAUUGUCGUUCUCGCUGAAACCGGGUGUGUCGUAAAUCUCUCAAGAUUUCCAUCCCUAGUUCCUUUGUUCCACCUCUCCGUACGAUCCUUCUCCUAGUCAGCUCCCCUUAUCAAAAAUCCCGUAUCCUCUAAUCACUCGAUCAUCCGUAAGUGUCAUCUGUUGUAUGUUGAUUGAAAAGAAUGGUGGUUGUAGGAAAAAUGUCCGAGGGAAUAAUCAUGGGAAGUAACAUAUAUCCAAUCAAACACACCCUAACACACACACACUAACACACACAGACACAUACACAAACAUACAUGUUCAUGCACCCGGUAGUGUUAGCUAAAUUCUAUUCAAUCAAAAGUGAAAUCGUAAGCCGAAACGUGGCCGACUCGAUAAAGGGGUUUUCCCCGUGGUGUGUCUUCUACAAGCAAUGGUAGGCACUGUCCUUCUGUUGCCCGUGAUCGGAUCAUCUUUUAUUUGUUGUACUUUUGACUAGCCUGUAAGAAACGCAAUUCAAAAAUCGUACGAUGUUUCCGCACUACGAAGGCAACCAAAACCGGGACGAUCGUACACCCAAAAUCGCGUAUCGCGAUUUUCUCUAUCUUCCAUUUUUUUUAUCGUCAAAUGUGACGAUGAACGACUAGGAUUUCCUAUCCCCCUAUGGACUGGCCUGAUAAAGACGGACGCCUGAUAAAGAGUCGCCGCUAAAGAUCAUAAGGAUGAACAACAAGAUUUGGUUUGAGAAACGGCUGCCAUAACUUUGUCAAUCGUCUAACCAUAGAUCACGAUCAGUAGUUUGUUUUAGUUGUGUUUCUGGAAAUUGUAAAAUUUAGUUCCAUUCUGGUGAAACGUUUAGUUUCUCUACCGGGCAGCGCCAUCAGUCGCGCAAACGGUUUCCGAUAAAGGUAAAGAGCAAGCGAUCAAACCGCUUUUGAACAACAACAGCAAUAAUAAGUGCCCCUCAUCAUAAUGGUCAGAUCAAUUAAGGUUCUUUUCACUUGUGACCGUGGAAGGAGUAGCCAAAAGCAGAGGACUCGAUGCGGGCAGGAAAGGAAGGUUGUCGUGUGUACAAAGUCUAUUAUCGAUGAUAAAUUGAUGAUUUCCUCGCGCAUUAUAACAGCAAAAUUGUUGUUGGCACACGAAAGCAAAUCGGUGACGUGUCGGUUUAUCGCGAUGCAACAUUCAAUAAAGUUUCGGAGAAAGAUUUUUUCCCCUCAUUUACAACAUA